AUCUAGACCCGUUGGUUAGCAACAAAUAAUAACAUCAACAUGGGAAGACAUUUGAAACGUCAAAAAAUAGCCACCAUAUCACGAGAUGCUACCUCUAAUCAAUAUAACAAGGUGAAUGAUCCAAAUAUAAUCCCACCAAGUUUUCCACCAACAAAAUAUGAACAAUCUCCAGCAACAUUAAAGAACUUUCCUUCAUCAAUCAUAAACGGAGUGACACUCGAAGGAGGCCUAUAUUCACUCACAUUUAAGUCUAUUGCAUGUGUUGAUUUUGUUGAAAACAAUGAUUUGAUGAGAAGAUCAUUCAGAGGUUCAGAAAUUGAAUUGUCAAGAAUUACUGAGAAGGAGGUUGACCUUAAGGGGAUGAUUGAUGAUUUGAAAAGUGACAUAACGAAAGAGAAAGAAGAAGGUAACAUCAUAGCCAAUGAUCCAAUUACAGAGUUGCUGAAAGAUCUUCAAAAUAGAUUAGAGCAUAAAUUGGAGUUGACAGAUUUAAAUCCAAUCUUGAAACAGCACAAGGUAUUAGAGGAAGACAAAGUUUUGAUAGCAGGAAUUGAACAAUAUCAUAGAGUAUCAGGUGUUAAUGUGCCUGCAAUCGAUAUAAAUAAAACGCAAGUUUCAAGUGAGACUAAGCAAACAGAGGAAAUCGUGGAAUCAAAGCAGCCGGAACAAAUUGAACAACAACCACAGGCAGUGCAACCAACAGAAGUUGUCGAAACUUCCCAACAAAUAGUAAAGGAAGUAGAGAAUCAAAUAUAAACCCUAAAAGUGGCUGCGAAUUCAUUGCAAACAGACAUUCUGGGUAAUACUGCUUAACAUCGCAAUGAAACUGAAGGCACAACUAUUUGUAAGACAAGAAUAGAUAGUAAAGAUUGUAUAAUAAUAAAGAACUAAUUUCAUAGC